UGAAAGAGUAAGGUGGGCUGGCCUGUGUUCACUGUUGCAGGGUUAAUUAACCUUCACCCACCUCCCUUCUCUCCCCAUUAAAGAUAAGAGAGAAGGAGCAGAAGAAAAAGAGUCCUUUUCUUCCUUUCUUUUCUUGUUUUUGUAGUUGUUUGGUCCUAGCAGAGAUCAAGCAAUAAAGUCGUAUUUGUUUUUAGCCAUUGUUUUUUCUAGUAAUGGUUUGCUAGCUUCCCUUCACGUUUUUUUUCCUUGGCACUGAAUGUGAUAAUGGCUUGUGACAUCGUUGCCAAGAAGAGAGGAGUUUCAUCUCUCCUUCCUCAUCACCAUCUUCCUCUUCUUCUUCUUCUUCUUCUUCUUUCUUUCCUUUUCGUCGCGAAAUUUACCCUCGUUUCGGGCCUAAAUUACACAAAGUAUAGGCAAGUAAGUAGCUUGAGGCUUGAAAGAAUUCAAAAACACUUGGCAAAGAUUAACAAGCCUGCUGUCAUGACCAUCGAGAGCCCAGAUGGAGAUAUGAUAGAUUGUGUCCAUAAAAGAAAACAACCAGCUUUAGAUCAUCCUCUUUUAAAGAACCACAAGAUUCAGAGAGUUCCAUCGGAGAUGCCUAAAGUGAAAACGUUGAAGCAAGAUGAGGCAAGAGAGUCAAUGGGUAAUGUGGGAGCCGUAAAGGGUGCAUGGCAAAUGUGGCACGGGAAUGGGACAAGAUGUCCCAAAGGAACAGUUCCCAUACGGCGGAGCAGUCUGCAUGAUGUCUUGAGAGCCAAGUCUUUGUUUGACUUUGGCAAGAAACAACGUCGUUUCACCCCUACUCGCCGCACCGAUGCCCCUGAUGUCGUUAGCGGCAACGGACACGAACAUGCGAUUGCGUAUACCGGAACAUCCCAAGAGGUUUUCGGAGCAAAGGCAACUAUAAACGUGUGGGACCCUUCAAUCCAAGUAGUCAACGAGUUCAGCCUAUCACAGAUUUGGGUUCUUUCCGGAUCAUUCGACGGCUCUGAUCUCAACAGCAUCGAAGCUGGAUGGCAGGUCAGUCCGGAGCUUUAUGGUGACAGCAGGCCAAGAUUGUUCACUUACUGGACGGCUGAUUCCUAUCAAGCAACUGGAUGCUACAACCUUCUAUGUGCAGGCUUUGUCCAAACAAAUAGUAGAAUUGCCAUUGGGGCUGCCAUUUCUCCUAUCUCUCUGUAUGCUGCAAAUCAAUAUGACAUUACCAUCCUCAUUUGGAAGGAUCCUAAGCUAGGGAAUUGGUGGAUGGGUUUUGGUGACAAUACCCUAGUAGGUUAUUGGCCAGCAGAGCUAUUUACUCACCUAGCAGACCAUGCCACCAUGGUGGAAUGGGGUGGAGAAGUGGUGAACUCAAGGGCCAACGGCCAGCACACGUCAACGCAGAUGGGUUCCGGCCACUUCGCCGAGGAAGGGUUUGGAAAAUCAAGCUAUUUCCGGAACCUCGAGAUUGUUGACGCUGAUAACAGCUUGAGUUCUGUCCAUGACAUAUCAACCCUAGCUGAGAAUACAAAUUGUUACGACAUCAAGAGCUCCUACAACAAUGAAUGGGGCGCAUAUUUCUACUAUGGAGGGCCAGGGAACAAUCCACGGUGCCCUUGAUCAACUAUCCCAGGAAGAUAUAAUUAAUUCUAAGAUCUCACGUAAAAAAAAAAAAAUUCCUAGUGUCGAAAAUUCUUUAAAUCUGUAAUUAUUGAAUUAUGCUAUUUCCACUCUUGUUUUUGCUGAUUUUUACAUUUUUGUUUGUCUUAAUUUGUGGCGAAAAGGAAUGUGUAUCAUUACUUAAAAUAAGACAAAAGGCAAUUUGCAUAAACAGGCA